UUAAAUUCUUAUAAUUUGAAGUGCAGAACAAUAACAGCGUGUUUUGGAUUCUUCACCUGAGAAAACAAAGGCUCAGAGUUUAGAUCAACUCUGAAUCUUCGUUAUGGCUUCCACCAAAUCACUCAUUCUUUUUCUUUUGAUCCAAUUAUGUUCCUCACUUCUACCCUUCGCAUUCGCUCAAUCUCCUGCUACUGGGUCUACCGAAGGUUUCACCAUCUAUGGUCGAGUGAGGAUCCCCAGUUUGGGAUCAAAAGACUAUAUUCUUCCUGGUAAAGUUUCGAAUGUCAAAGUCAUACUCAAUAGUGGUGAAAGAGUUACUUUUCUGAGGCCUGAUGGAUAUUUCUCAUUCCACAAUGUGCCUGCUGGGACUCAUCUAAUUGAAGUGACUGCAAUAGGCUACUUCUUUUCUCCGGUGCGAGUUGAUGUUAGUGCCAGAAACCCUGGCAAAAUUCAGGCAGCACUGACAGAAACUAGGAGGGGGCUCAGUGAGUUUGUUUUAGAGCCAUUAAAGCCUGAACAUUAUUAUGAGAUUAGGGAGCCAUUCUCUGUUAUGUCCAUUGUGAAAAGUCCAAUGGGUCUGAUGAUGGGAUUUAUGGUGAUUGUUGUCUUCCUCAUGCCUAAGUUAAUGGAGAACAUGGAUCCAGAAGAAAUGAAGCGUGCACAAGAAGAAAUGAGAAGUCAAGGAGUUCCAUCUUUAGCAAGCCUGUUACCUGGUUCUGCAAGAAGCAACUAGGUGUAUAUGUAGAGAGAAAACCAUGAACUAUUUGGUUUCCCUAAGCUGGAACUGAAGAAAUAUCCCAUACCAUGAUUGGAAAUCUUUUUCAUGACAAACUGGUGCUGCUGUCUUCAAUUAUUUAUGUUUGUGGAACAGUUGAAUUAGCAGUUUUUUAUAGAGAUGUUAACAUAUUUGAUUUGACCAAUCAGGAGUGGCCUUCUUUGUAAACUGUUAUACGUUCUUAUGUAUGUUGAUGACCAUGCAGUAAUGUGGAUAAUAUUUUUAGGCUUUCUAGUGAAACUCUAUAGUUUCUUCAUUUA